CCAACUGUAUUUGUUGCACCGCUGCAGUAUUGGGUCAGGUGUGUGUGUGAAACGACAUCGUGGGCGCUGAAGGACGGUUCGCAGAUCAGAGACAGUGUGAAGAUAAGGCUGGAAUGUCGUGGAGGAUAAAUAUGAUCACAAUCUUGUCCAUGUUAUGGACGCUGCAAGGGGUGUGGUGUGACACGCCCCUCACAUUCACGUCGUCAUGGCCAACCGGACACAAAGGGAAACUCUGUGUCCCCGUGAAUAAGGAACUACACGACUGGCGGAUACAUAUCGUGUUUAGUGACCCUGUGUCGAAAUUGGAUGUGUUCGAAGCGGAAGUUGUUUCAUCGCUAAACAAAGACACGGAAUACAUCAUCAAGAACGAGGUCUGGAACGGCGCCGAACAUCCGGGCGACCAGAUAUGUGAAGAGUUUAUUGCGCACACAGACAGCACUGUUGCCAGUCUUUCUGGACGUGCAUUCCUGGAAGGAACAGGGGGAGGUGUUUCUGGUCAAACCUUGCCUCCUGGCGUCUCGGGAACAAGACCCUCACUGACAUUACCACCUGCAUCUGGAACAGAUCAUACGGGAGGUGGAACUGCCAAAUACGACUACGAGAAAGUUUUAGGAUUGUCCAUUCUAUUUUAUGACGCGCAACGAUCUGGUAAACUGCCGGCAAAUAACCCCAUAUCCUGGCGCGGAGACUCUUCCUUGACUGACAGAGGUGAAGACGGUAAGGACCUGACCGGGGGCUGGUAUGAUGCGGGUGAUUUAAUGAAGGACAACUUUCCUAUGGCUUCGGCAACUACCAUAUUAUCCUGGGGUUUCCUGAAAUGGUCGGACGCUUACAAGAAGGCUGGACAAGAAGAUAAUAUGUACGACAUGAUUAAGACGCCGCUGGACUAUUUUCUGAAAUGUUGGAAUCCGACCAAGAAGGAAUACUACGUGCAGAUUGGAGAGGGCAGCCUUGACAGCAGUUAUUGGGGAAGACCCGAGGACAUGCCACCAAAUCAGAAGGCUUUCAAAGUAACCGCCGCAGCACCCGGAAGUGACGCAGCUGGGAUCACUGCUGCUGCCCUUGCAGCUGGUUCAAUGCUAUUCCUCUCCAAAGAUCCAAAGUACUCGACGACAUUGCUGGAUGCAGCUGUAUCCUUGUACAACUUCGCUAAAACCUACAAAGGUAUCUACAGCAAGAGUAUUGCUCCCGCUGCAGCGGGCUACCCGUCCAGUGGCUACAACGACGAACUCUGUGUGGCGGCUAGUUUGCUGUACAAAGCAACGAAGAAAGACAGCUAUCUCGUUGAUGCCAAGGGUUUCCAUGUUGCCAGCACCUCCUGGGCACUGUCCUGGGAUGAUGCAAUUGUGGAAUGUCAGCUCAUGUUGUACGAGCUGACGAAUGACGCCAGCUACAAGACUGAGGUGGAGUCCUUCCUGACGAGCUGGAGACCCGGGGGUACUGUGACCUAUUCCCCGUGCGGUCUGGCGUUCAGGAGCAAGUGGGGGUCUCUCAGAUAUGACGCAAACGCUGUUUUUGUUGCCCUGGCUGCCGCUGAAGACGGAAUCCAUCCACUUGAGAACCGACAGUGGGCUUUGAGUCAAAUUAAUUACAUGCUUGGUGACAACAAACAAGACAUGAGCUUUGUUAUCGGAUUUGGGACCAAGUAUCCCUUACAGCCUCAUCACCGAGCGAGCUCUUGCCCUGAUCCACCUGCCACAUGUGAUUGGAACGCAUUCAACGCUCCGGGUCCUAAUCCCCAUGUCCUGAAGGGGGGGCUGGUUGGAGGCCCGCUUGGUAAUGACUCUUACGUAGACAAGAGGGGCGACUACGUCCAGAAUGAGGUUGCUGUUGACUACAACGCCGGGUUCCAGUCUGCAAUUGCAGGCCUCAUCCACUUGACGCUGAGCGGAGAUCUACCGCCAGCUCCAACUGCCAAAUGCUGACGAUUCCUUUACGGAUUUUAAUUAAUUAUGUAAGUCCUUUACUAACAUAAUGUAUGGUAAGGAAUAAAGACUCAAGUUGAUCGUG